AUGGCCGCCGAACAGCGCAAGCUGCUCGAGCAGCUGAUGGGCGACCAAUAUAUGGGCACCGGCAGCUCGUCAAGGAGCGCGAGUCUGACGCUUACCUCCCCCACUGUCUGCCGCUCAUAUUUGGCUGGUACAUGUCCGCACGACCUGUUCACGAACACGAAGCAAGAUCUGGGCCCGUGUCCGAAAGCGCAUCCCGAGAACCUGAAGAUUGAGUACGAAGGCCUCAGCCCCGCGGAGAAAGCGAAAUAUGGUUUUGAAUACGACUACAUGCGGGAUGUGCAGAAAUACAUCGACGACUGCAAUCGCAGGAUAGACCAGGCACAGCGGCGGCUAGAGAAGACGCCAGACGAGAUUAGACAGACCAACAACCUGCUAAAGACGAUAUCGGAUCUCACAAAGACUAUCAACACGGGUCUGCUAGAAGUCAACUGCCUUGCGGAGAUUGGUUCCGUGUCACUGGCAUGCUCGGAAUUCUAUAAAGUGCGGACAGCCAAGCUGGCAAAAGAGCAGGCAGAACGGGAUCUCAAGGCGCUCUCAGACACGAGUGGCCCCUCGGGGCAUCAGAAAUUGCAAGUCUGCGAUGUCUGCGGCGCGUACUUGUCACGGCUGGACAAUGACAGGCGAUUGGCCGACCACUUUUAUGGCAAGAUGCACCUGGGGUAUGCUCAGAUGCGCCGGACAUACGAGCAGUUACAAAAGGAAUUGAAGGGCCGACCGCCGCCUUUGAGACAAGACGAGAGCAGUGCUGCUGGUCCACGAGGGUACGAUGAUAGCGGGUACGGCGAUGGGGGAGGCGGUUGGGGUGGCCGCGGAGGUUAUGGAGGGCGAGGCGGGUAUAGGGGAGGGGCAGGCUAUCGCGGACGAGGUAGAGGAAGAUGGUAA